UAAUGAAAGGACGGGCUUUGAUGAAUUCCCCAACCAAUAAAGAUUGCGAUGACGAUUCUGAAGACAAUGGGUGGCUUAGGUUCGUUAAGUCAGCUACUUUGGAGAAAGACUAUGUAUUUGAGGGACACGUCACAUUCCUAUGCGCCAUCUUGGUCAUACAUGACAGCCCAGAGCACCAAAAGACGGGUGGCAGCCCUAUUCCUUCAGACAUCGGGUCUGAUCUUGGUCGCCUGUUAGAUCAAGAGGAUGGGACGGAUUUGUCAUUCAUCGUCGACGGGGAGAUAUUCCGUGUGCACCGAGCAGUCAUUGCUGCCCGCUCGCCGGUGUUUAGGGCGGAGCUCUUUGGUUCCAUGGCUGAAGCUACAAUGUCAUCCAUUACGCUGCAAGAUAUCACGCCUGCAACAUUCAAAGCUAUGCUUCGAUUCAUGUACACAGAUAAAUUACCCGGAGAAGAUGAGCUUGUGGACUAUUCUGUUGAGAUGUUUCAGGAUAUUCUUGCCGCAGCCGACCGGUAUGCACUGGACGGGCUGAAGCUUAUGUGUGCCCAAAAGCUAUGGGAUUAUGUGACGGUGGAUACGGUUGCGGCUAUUUUAGCUUCCGCCGAGACUUACAACUGUCCAAAGUUGAAGAAGGAGUGCUUCAACUUCUUUGCGGUGGAGAACAAUUUUAAGAAGGCCGUGUUCACGGAUGGCUUUGCAAUGUUGGUGCAGAAAUUCCCAUCGUUAACUGCCGAGCUGAGAGAGAGGAUUGUGAGUUGUGAAAUAAUAUAG